GAGAGGAAUUGUCUGCCCUGAUUUUAACCUAAUAAAAGAUUUGUUUGUGAAGUCCAUGUUUGUGAAUCAUUGUGAACCGAGGAAAAGCCAUACGUUCGAAAUAUGAUUGAAUCUUGCACAAAAAGGCGAAUGUUAUUAGGUAUUACAUUUUUAGGAGGAUUAACAGUUUUAGCAUUGAUUAUCGAAAGCCACUGGACCGACAGCUCAAGUAAAUUAUAUGUUGACAGUUUUGAGAAUACUUCCUCGUGCAUCUCGGGUGAUGAUUACGAGAUAAUGUCCGAAUGUCACCCGUGCACAGCUUUUGAAAUUGCAAGCGAAAGCAUCGGCGUGUGUGUUCACGCAAGGUACAAAGAAGUUCUGAAAUGCAAAAGUGGGGAGACGAUAACAAGAAGUUGUGAUAAAGUAGCUUGGCUGGAGGAAAGAACAUUUUGGAAGUUUGAGGCUUUUAUGUUUGCUCUGGCAGUUAUUUCUUGUCUUAGUACAUAUUGGAGAGAGAAUAUAUUAAGGCAUAGGAUGAUCAAAAAAAUAGCAAAACAAUUGCGAAUAAGUGUGUGAGUGCGAUAAACAAUAGUGACUCUGUUUACUAUAAAGUAUUGCAAAUCCUCAAUUACUAUAAAACUGAUC